GGCUUGAACUCAAAAGUAACCAGUGGUAAGUUAGCAAUCACCUCAGUUGCUCUUCAAGACCAUAUCACACGAAACUUACUGCUUCAGAAUUUGUCACUGUGUGACCCUGUGAAGACAAGAUGGUGCGGAAGAGCUUCCUCUGAAACACACUGCAAAAGAAACCAUGGAACUGUGAAACAGAAAGGGCCCCAGCAACACGAUGGACGAGAGGAGAAAGAGUAUGUGCUUGACCCAGCAGCUCCACCACUGACAUUAGGUAGGCUAACAAUCAAUCAAAUGUAUUUUAUAAAGCCUUGUUAAAUCAGCAGUUGGGAACAAGUUCAACAACACUUUGGGAACGAGGAGGUCUCAUUGUGAGACCUGAGCUAUUAUGUAUGACAUUUUUCAUUUGUUGUUUGAUAUUGGGUUGUUGUUUGUCGUUGUCUGCCUCUCCAGCCCAGAAAUUGGGUUUGGUGCAGUCCCCGGCCAGGAAACUGACGGUAGAUGAAUGGAGUCAGGUCAAGUCGAGGUCUAUUCAUGAGGGGGACUCCAAGCAGCCCUGUGUGAUCUGCAGGGAGGAGUUUCGCUUACAGACUCAGGUAUUCCUCUGUACACAAUACCUGGUGUUUAUUCUCAGUCAGUCAGAGGGCCAUUUUUUUACGUUUUCAACAUUCUUCACCCUUCUAGGGCAGCCCACCUCCCCCCAACUACCCUUCCCAAACACCCUCUCUCCCCCUCCCUUAGGUUCCUGUGUGUUCUAAUCUGUGUAGACAACUGUACAAAUUUACUCAUACUGCCUUGGAACUCAACUGUGACACAAUGAUGUAGCAAUCAGUGUGUUACUGUGAGGGUCGUUCAGUCUUUUACACCUUUCUGAUCCCCUUUUAAGAUGCCAAUCUCCUGAAGAAUGCGGGGUAGAAUAGACGGCCUCACAAAGCACAGUUUCCAUAGAUGCACAUGUAAAUAUUAAUUUGACUCAAGGGAAAAAUGUUAAUUAGAGCCUGCUUACAAGGGAAAGGGACAAAUGUGAAUCUUUGUGGAUUUGUUGAUCUGUGUUAGACAAAAACAUGUUAAAUGGCUUUGUUAUUAGUGAAACUGCAAUUAUUUGAAAUUGUUUUAUUUUCUGUAUUUUAAAACGUUUAGCCAUUUUUGCAGGCCUAAAUCAUUUACAUUUCCUUCAUUCAUACAACAUCAGUUACUACUGAUUAUGAUUUCAGCUAUUUAACACUUUACUAACACCAAACACAGACCAUACCAUACCAUGUAAAAACAGUACCAUGUAAAAACAUUCAGAAGUGGCUCAAAAACUGUCUCUCGGUUUCCCAGUCCUCCAUAUUCAGCCUCUCUCGGUGAAGCUUGUAGCCUGUGGGGUAAAGCAGACUUUGCUUGUAAGAGCAAAAAUUCACUCCGGCUAAUGGCUUGUCGAGCUCCUAGAUAUAGAUUGUGCACUGCAGGGGGCCCUUUCACUGGUGAUGGAGUACGUUGGUUGGGCCAAAAACAAUGGGAAAUCAAUAUGGCUCCCCCUGCCCUGCAGAGCUUUGAGUACACUGGUUUGUGUGUGCCAAUCCCCAUAGCUGGGGCUGCUGUCUCCUCUCUCUCCUUGUGAGAGCAGACGACAAAAUAGUAUGUGGGAGGUGGAGCAGAGGAGAGGAGACUGCAGCCCCAGGUCCCAGCCCUCCCAGCAUGGGCUCGCUGGCUCCCACUGGCUCCUGAGCAAAUAGCACACACACGCGCACAUGCGUGUACACACACGUACACACGUUAUGUUCUUCUAUCCUCAUGGGACCUAAACUGUAUUUCUAUUCAAAAUCCUAUUUUCCCUAAACCUAAACCUAACCCUUACCAUAACCUUAGCCCUAACUGUAACCCAAACCGUAAACCUAACUCCUAACCCUGAACCUAACCACUAACCCCUUACCCUAAUACUAAGCCUAAUUGUAACCCUAAACUUAACCCCUAAGCUUAAAAUAGCCUUUGUCCUCAUGGGGACGUCUGAAAUUGUGGAAAGAGGAAAGAAGGAAAGAAGAACCCACACACACAUACCUCUCACCAAAAACACUUAGAGAUGUUGAAAACCAAUACAUACACACCAGCAUCCCCAGGAGGCUCUGCAUGCCACAAUCAUUUCAAAACAAGAAGUCAUUCAAUCAGUGAAAUGCCAAGGGAAUCUAAUCUAGUAAUAAGGCUAAAGCUGAUUAAUUUAAAUAUAACUAUAUUUAUAUAAAUGAUUAUAAUAUUCAACAAUCAACAUUAAUAAUGAUAUUCAUAUUGUGUCUAGGUUUUGCUCUCCUGCUCCCACGUGUUUCACAGAGCCUGUCUGCAGGCCUUUGAGAGGUUUUCAGGUAGGAAGUGCUGUCCUAUGUGCAGGAAGGAGCAGUAUGAGACCAGAGUGAUCCACGAUGGAGCUCGCCUCUUUAAAGAGAGGUGUGCCAUCAGGUAAACAUCUCCAGAGAUUGGACUGCAUGUUUCCUGGAAUCAGAUUAAACCUAGUCCUGGACUAAAUAGCAUACUCAAUGGAGAUUCUCCACUGAGAAUGAUUUUUAAUCCAAGACUAAUUUUAGGCCUAAUCUGCGUCCACAAAAACCUUAUUGAUCAAGUUAUCAUUUUCACCCUGUGUUAGGCCUAUAUCCUUGCUGUUUUACCUACCUAAAUGUUUUUCAUGUCGUCAAUGGUAGAAUUCAAGCGUGUUGGAGAGCCUAUGUUGUUCGGAAGUGGUACAGACAUCUGAGGAAAACAGUUCCCCCAAAAGACAAACAGCUACGACAAAGAUUCUUUGAGACAAAGGUAAUAUUAACAUCUGUGUCAUUUAGGAGCAGGGUUGAGGUCAAUUCCUUUUUCGAUUCAGUCAAUUCAGGAAGUAAACUGAAAUUCUCUGAGAGAUGCAUUGAGAUAAAAUGUAUUUGGAAUUUCAGUUUAUUUCCUGAAUUGAAACGCAAACAAUGCCAUGCGGGUCAAAACAUGUGCUCUUAUCUGGUGAGUCGGUCCACUGGUGACCACCAGGUCACAUUGCAGAGGCUUUCCCCACUCCUAUAAGGAUGCGUCCCAAAUGGCACCCUUUUCCCUAUAUAGUGCACUGCUUUUGACCAGAGGUAAUAGGGUGCCAUUUGGGAUGCAUCCUAAGUCUCCAUUCUUCCUGAAACUCACCUACCAGACAUUCCUCUCCUAUUUAGCAGUGGUGGACUUUAGGUUGCUGUGAUUGACGGACAGACAGCAGAUCUGAUCCCAGGUCAGAGUGGACGUGGGCAUCGGUGGAGAUGCAGGGCCCGAGUAGGGGGGAACUCAACGCCUUUGAUGCCAUGUGAAUCAUACACUGUUUGUAAACUAAUUACGGAGAGUGUGUGUUUUGGUCAAACAGUCUGGACAUUCCAUGGUCAACACAAAAGCAAGGGCCCACUGUGUGUUUGUCUGUGUGUUUGCCCCCACCUCUCGGAAAGGGGGGGUUGAGGGAGGGUGGGGGGUGCAUAUCGGUGGCAGGUUCCCUGGUUGUCAUUUGCAUUGGCUUUCUUCACUGUCCCACUUAAGAACGAAAAUAUUACACAGGAUUUGACUUUGAUCUGAGGACAGAAUACACAUUCUAAAGGAGUUAGUCCUUUCAGCUUUGGCUGGCUGUUGGUGGGUUCCAGCAACUGGAUGGGGGCCUAUUGACACUAAGGCCUCUCUGCCUUGUCUAGUCUGUGGCUCCCUGGGAAAGGGAAGAUUGACACCUAGUGAGACUGAAAUCUCCCCCUCGAUGGUGCUUACUUACCUCUGACUGGAGUGGCGAUUUGCAGAGACACGGCUGAAUAGUAAACACUGACCUUCUAGCGAAAACUUGAGAAGCACAUAUACUGAUUUUACUGGUAUAUUUAUCGUGUGAGCCUUGGAAUGUCUACCAAAUUCUAUUCCCUAUAUAGUGCACUGAUUUUGCUUAGGGCUCUGGUCAAAAGUAGUGCACUGUAUGGGAAUAGGGUACCAUUUGGGAUGCAUACUUGGUUAGGGGUCCAUUCCAUCACUAGCCUUUCUGAUAGCUAUUUAAAGAGAGGCCACUCAUGUCUCUCUCUAGAGCUCUAUGUAAUCAAUCAGAGUGCUUCAGUGGGUUCAGAGAGACCGAUAUUAAGAGUGACAACUUGAUUACGCCCAACUUGUAAUGUGCUCGGAGAGGUCGGAGUGUCCUACCCACAAUCCCCUUCUCUCAUUCUCCAUCAUCUAUAAACACUGCCUUAGCAUGUCACGUAAACACGAGCAGCAAUUUUAAUGGUCUAAUUAACUCUGUUGGAACACAUUAUCCCUGUCCAGGAUCCCAUCCUGGUGACAGUGACGGCCACGUCAAGGAUGGGGAUUGGCAGCUCCUAGAGGAUUCUGGGAUAUAGUAGGACUUCCUCCGAUACUCAGAGACAAGCUAAGUCCCAAAUGUCACCCUAUUCCCUAUGUAAUGCACUACUUUUGACCAGAGACCUAUGGGCCCUGGUCAAAAGUAUUGCACUACUUAGGGAAUAGGGUGUAAUUUGGGACAGUCAACAUGUCUGUCAUCCUCAUGGUAAAGCUGCAGUUGCCCCAGGCAGCAAAGCCUUUAAGAUAUUUGACUAGUUUUCACAUUCUUAUCAGCUGAUUACGAUGACCAGCUUUCCAUUUUUACCUUUUUGAGGUCCGACCCUAAGUCAACACAUUAAGGAGGAUAACUGCUGACAUCAAGAUGGAUUGCAGUGAGACAACACCACUCCCUUCUCCUUUCCUUUGUUCCCCUUGCUCCGUCCCGUUUCCUGUCCUCUGCAGUGAGACAAGGCAAAGUUCACCAGGGCCCAUGUUGUUUGCCUUCACUGUGGAAAAGUCGGCCCAUAAAACCUCAUCUGAAUGGUUAACAGUUGUUUAAUUAGUGAUAAAAGCCCAGCAAUAAAGUACUUGGGAUGUCACUGUGACAGGAGCGAGCUCGGUGAGGCAGCCUGAGGGAUGGCCUGUGUGUGUGUGUGUGUGUGUGUGUGUGUGUGUGUUUCCCAGCACAAGCUAUCUUUUCACUUGUUUCCAUAAAUGUUCCAUGUAAGUCUGAGACCUGUCGGUAUCGAUCUGGCCUGUUUAACAACUUAACUUUGUCAGCAGGCUUCAAGCAUUACAAUAUAGCAGCAAUUCAAUCUGAUAGAAAAACAGAACUCUAUUUGGUGUCCAAUUGAACGAUGCCCCUUUAUGUAACUAAAUUGUUUCCAAUUAGUUGCAGGAGUUGAAUGACAGCUUUGUCCAAUACUGCCACACAGACGUGGAGGCUUUCCUGAACGAUAUCGACCAGUCGGUGUCAUCGAGCAGAAGAGUGUUCCAUCAGUUUGAGAGAGAGCACGUCUCGGAGCCGCAGGAGGACGACUGGCAGAAAAUACAGGAAAAGGUUUGGAAUAGGGUUGCAAAAUUCCUGUAACUUUCCCAACAUUCCCAGGUUUUCCGGAAAUGUCCAAGCAGGAUUUCUGGAAAAACAGAACAUUUUGCAAAAGAAUUGUGCAACCCUACUGUGGAAAAACUCACCAUACAAAUACACAGUGCACUAUCAAAGAGAAUCUCAUAAAGUUCUAAUCCUGGUCUAAUUCUCCCUGUAGCCAUGCCAUUCAUUCAACAUGCUAAUGCUUGUCCAGGAGAGGCUGUGCUGCAGCUGCUACACAAAGUCAAAUCUCCUAGAGAUGAUCAUUCAUUUUUCCAAAUGAAUGAUGGAAAUAAUCCUGUGUUUACAAGAAAACAGAGCCAGUCUAAUAAUGCACGCCAGGCCUUUCAUCGCCCCGUCUGAACCAUCUGUACUGUGGUUCAAAUUGAAAAGAGAUCUAGAUUUGCUGUUCCAUAGGCUCUGUUGUACAGUAUAUAGGUAUUUUCAAUGCCAGCCAAUGGAGUUUCCCACAAUCCCACAGGAGGUGGAAAAGGGCAUGUUUCUUUAUCUCGUGUUAAAAGGUUGUGCGCAGGGCAACAGGUGUUGCUCAAUGUCGACUCGUACAGAGAGAAUCAAACAGUGAACUCACAGCGUGUUUAUCGCACACCGUGCACCUUCCUCGUGAAGGUAAACACCAUAAAUGUCGCAAAGCUCAUUAUCAAGUGUUUAAGCCUUGAGCGUGUUGACUGUUUCUGAAUAAAGGAAGGAAGUUAAUUAUUGGUGGAGCUGCAGCGGAUACCUGCCCUACAACGGUAUCUCAGAGACACACGGCCAAACAAUCAAGCUUGUGUGACACGUUAAACCAGAUAAUAUCCAUUGAACUUAAGAUAAAAGGGUGUGUAUGGAAGCUAUUGUGAGAGAAGAUAGCCAUUAUAAAUGUAUGGUAGCAGGGUUGGGGUAAAUUCCUUUUAAAUUCAGUCAAUUCAGGAAGUAGACAAAUAACUAUUCCACAUUUUGCUCCUGGGGGCAUUGAGGAAAAUUGGAAUUUCAGUUUCCUUCACGAAUUGAAAUGGAAUUGACCCCAACCCUAUGUGGUAGUGUGGUAACACGUGCGGUGGUAUUUUAUUGAAGAGUCUUACUUUGGAAUACUGGUCCGUCCCUACAGCCCUGUCUGUCUCCACUGUCACAGGUCAUCCAGAGAGAUACACGGGACUGUCCCAUCUGUCUCACCGCUCUGUGCAGCCCCAGACUAGGGACCGAGGCAGGGAGGACACUCACCCAGCACCACAGCAACAGACGCACUGUGCUCCUGUCCUGCUCACACCUCUUCCACCAGUCCUGCCUGGAAGCCUUCGAAGCUUUCUGUGUGGAGGGCCGACCUAAAUGUCCUCUGUGCAGGUCUCCCUACCACAAAAUACUGGUCUGACCUCUGAAUUUUAUUUCAUAAUAUGAAAGAUAGUUGAAUGUAACUUCAACAUAAACACUCCCCUAUGUAUUUAUUUGGACAGUGAAGAGAACUUUUAAUUUGGCUCUAUACUUCAGCAUUUUGGAUCAAAUGUUUUAUUUGAGGGCAUUUUCUUACGUUUCACUGUUUAGAAAUGAAAGUACUUUGUGUCUAGUGCCCCUAUUUGAAGGUGUCAUAAGUAUUUGGAAAAUUCACUUAGUGUAUUAAAUUGUCAAAAGUUUAGUAUUUGGUCCCAUAUUUCUAGCACGCAAUGACUACAUCAAGCUUGUGACUACAAACUUGUUUCAGAUUAUGUUGUGCCCAAUAGAAAUGAAUGGUAAAUAAUGUAGUGUCAUUUGUGUCACUUUUAUUGUAAAUAAGAAUAUAACGUUUCUGAACACUUCUACAUUCAUGUGGAUGCUACCAUGAUUACGGAUAAUUAUGAAUGAAUCGUAAAUAAUGAGAAAGUAAUGCAGAAAUAUCAUACUCCCUAGAAAUGCUAACCUCCCGUUAUUGUAAUGGAGAUGUUAGCAUGUUUUGGGGGCAUUAUCUUUCUGAAUCUAACUUUCUCACUCAUCAUGAUUCAUUCAUGAUUAUCCGUAAUCAUGGUAGCAUCUACAAUGUAGAAGUGUUCAGAAACAUACUCUAUUCUGAUUUACAAUAAAAGUGACUCCAAAACGUAACUGGAAUAUGGGACCAAAUACUAAACCUUUGACUAAAUUUAACACACUAAGUGAAUUUGUCCAAAUACUUAUGACACCUUCAAAAUGGAGGGACUAGAUACAUAGUGCAUUAAUUUCUAAAUGAUAAAACAGAUAUGAAAACACCCUCAAAUAAAAGGUGACAUUCUGUACUGUAGUAUCAUAUAAAACGUUUGAUCUCAGAUCCAAAAUGCUGGAGUAUAGAGCCAAAUUAAAAGUUGUAGCUUUACUGUCCAAAUAAAUACAAAGUACCUCCAGAAUCUAAAUUAAAACAUUUUCAGAGAAAUCGUAUAAUUUGUCAAAAUGUUUGGAUUGAGCUCUUCCAGCAGAUCUUAUGUUGUGGUUUGCAGGCUGUAAAUGACAAAAGGAAGCAAGGUGCCGUAAAACAGGAAGUUAUUCCUGUUGUUUUAUGAACAGACUUUAAAUGCAUUCAUCAAAGGAUAAAUGCACAAAACAAUUAUCACUUUCAGGCAUACCAAUAAAGUGCAAUUAUUACUCAAGUCCCAGUCCUCCAGAAUACUGUGUUACCACUGACUUGUCAGGAGUUCAUACAGACAAACUUCCAUGGUAACAGCAAGAUAACUUGUGCCAAGUGUGUCAAAAAGAAGCCUGUGACGUACACCACAAAUGCUGUUCAAGUUACAAAUGUAACUGUGAAAUGAAAAAGCAAUGUCAACUUAAACAUGAUUUUCAUUGUUUUAUUGGCAAACAAACCAACAUCGUAAAACAACAAACCCACAUAUAGCAAAGAACAUGGUAAAAAAAUACAUUCACGUUAAUUUGCAGUAGAUCACAUGCAGACAGCCAAACAAACAGAUAAAGACUAUAGCUACAGGGCAUAUAGCAUACACCCAAAAAAUGUGAGGGGGCACAAAGUACGUGAGAAUGGCUGGGGGGUGUAAGUUGGAGAAUUUAGAAUUUUUCAAACCCCUGAAACAGUUUUUUACUGCAAUCUAGAGCCAUAAUCAUGCUUAAUCCUAUAAAAAAAAAAAAAAAAAUUUUGACAAGCUAGCUACUCUAACUUGAUUUGAUAGCUUUAAAUGGCUUUUUGGUGGCUAGUUAUGAGAUUGGGAACCUAUCUGGGCUUUGCCCCCUAUGGGCAUGACGCUUCUGAGUAGCUACUCCAAUACAGGCCACGCUUCAAUAGUUCAAACCCUCAGCAAGUGAGGAAAAACUAAGGCAACCAAAACUGUUCCCUUGGGCUGGUACAGGCCCAGACUGUGUCCACCUCAAACUCAUUGUAAAAGUAUGAUUGUAAUAUAUUGUGCUUAUGGUGUGCUCCAAUAAUAUAUGCAGGGGCAGCAUAACAAUUCCCCCGUCUGGUUAUGUCUGUCCCAAAUGGCACUCUAUCCCCUACAUAGAGCACUACUUUUGGGAAUAGGAUGCCAUUUGGGAUCAUUUGCUAUUGACUAUAAUAGAACCGAUUGUUGAGGGUGAGAGGAACACAGAGCAUUCCAAUUCACAGGGAAUCCCUUUGACAGACAGUCAAGGCAGCACGAAACAGCAGCUUUACUAGCCACAGAAUGAAUGGGUUUUGGUCAAUGAUUUUUAAUUACUUUUCACAGUAUCAUCAGCAUGGCCAAAUUCAACCUUUGA